AAGGGGAAGUGCCGUUGGCAACAGUCUGAGGCGGUUCGCGUCGCCAAGCGAGUAAAAUUUAAACUCUUUAACAUCAACACUUGAGUGAACCUUGCGACGGGGAGAUUACUUUAAAAUAUAUAGUUUACUGAAGCGGUGCUAAUGUCUGCGACUAUGGACUGGAAGCAGCUGCUAAAGGACCGGUUGGCUGCCUCUAAACACGUGUGGCGCUCGGAGCAGGAGAUGAAGGAUGAGGAGAACGAGCUCUUUCAAAAGUUCUACACCGCCUGGAAGGGAACCAAGAGGGAGGACAAAACGCUGAAGGCCAUCCCUCGCUUCUACUACCGGCUGCCCGGUGAGGAUGAGCUGCUGCUGCAGAAGCUGCGGGAGGAAUCGCGCGCCGUCUUCUUGCAGCGCAAGAGCCGCGAGCUUCUCGACAACGAGGAGUUACAGAACCUGUGGUUCCUCCUGGAUAAGCACCAGACGCCGCCCAUGAUCGGUGAGGAGCAGAUGAUCAACUACGAGAGCUUCCUGAAAGUCGGAGAGAAUGCUGGCAUGAAGUGCAAACAGUUCUUCUCAGCCAAAGUGUUCGCCAAGCUGUUGGAUCGUGACCCCUACGGCAGAAUCUCCAUCAUGCAGUUCUUCAACUAUGUCAUGCGCAAAGUCUGGCUGCACCAGACCCGGAUCGGUUUGAGCCUCUACGAUGUUGCUGGGCAGGGCUACCUCCGGGAGUCUGACCUUGAAAACUACAUCCUGGAACUGAUCCCCACGCUACCUCAGCUGGACGGACUUGAGAAAUCAUUUUACUCCUUCUACGUAUGCACUGCCGUCAGGAAAUUCUUCUUCUUCCUUGAUCCUCUGCGCACAGGUAGAAUUAAGAUCCAGGACAUUCUCGCGUGCGGGUUCUUGGACGAUCUGCUCGAGCUGAGGGAUGAAGAUCUAUCCAAAGAGAGUCAAGAUUGCAACUGGUUCUCUGCACCGUCUGCCCUCCGUGUCUAUGGGCAGUACCUCAACCUGGACAAGGACCACAAUGGGAUGCUGAGCAAGGAGGAGCUGUCACGCUAUGGCACGGGCACACUCACCGGCAUCUUCCUCGACCGCCUCUUCCAGGAGUGCCUCACCUACGACGGAGAGAUGGACUACAAGACGUACUUGGAUUUUGUCCUGGCCUUGGAAAACCGCAAGGAACCCGCCGCGCUGCAGUAUUUCUUUAAGCUGCUCGAUGUCCAGAGCAAGGGCUACCUCAACGUCUUUUCCCUCAACUACUUUUUCCGGGCCAUCCAGGACCAGAUGCGGGCGCACGGGCAGGAACCCGUCUCAUUUCAAGACGUAAAGGAUGAAGUGUUCGACAUGGUGAAGCCGCAGGACCCCCUCCAUAUAACCUUGGCUGACCUCAUCUCCAGCAACCAGGGCGACACGGUGGUGAGCAUCCUCAUCGACCUCAACGGCUUCUGGACUUAUGAGAACCGGGAGGUGCUGGUGACCGAUGGCAACGAGCCUGCCACCACCGACCUGGACGAUCCGUGACCUGCGCUCGUUACUGGACUCAUUCACCAGACCCCCCCCCCCACCUCUAUCCCCCGUACCCUCCUCCCCCCACGUUCACCAGACCCCUACCUCUCUAUACUCUCCCCCCCAUCCCCCCUGCUUCCCUUCCUUCCGACAGUUAUGCUGAGAUGCGGUAGCACCAUGUACCCUUGCUUUGAUCAAAUUGAUCGUAGCAACGUUUGAUCAUACAAUGUCAUUUAGGACGGCCAUAUGACAUCCAUAAGGAUGUGCCCGCUCAAAGGAUGGCACCUGACAGGUGUUGUUUUGAAGUCUUGAGUAGUUCAGAUGCUUUGUUCCCCCGAUAUACAAGUUGGGAUGGCAUUGCAGGAAUCCUACAGAGAGGCAACGAUGCUACAAGCUCGGUGUUUGCUGUAGGCGUAGACAGCAUUGAGUGGAUGUUCCAUUGGGCCUCAACAUGAUGGCCGUGUGCCUUUAUUGUAUGUACUUGGUUGUCAAGUGAAAAGGUAGCAUCCAAGGAAACGCCAAGGAUUUUUAGGUGAUAUGAGAGGCUAAUGGGUGACGCCAGCAACAAGUCGACUUUAAGGUGGCGACACUGUCAUUAGCUGCUGCCUGGGGGUAAAAAGGGCUGCGGGUUUUUUCAGCAUUUAAUAGCCGGUUCUACCAGAACCACUGCUGUAAGUUUGAGGUGCAAUCAGCAAGGUUAAGUGGACCCUGAGCAGAGGUUAAUGUGGUUGUGGUAUAAUUGUCAUCGGCAUAUAUUUUGAUAGCACCGCGGCGCGAUGAGCUGGCCAAUUGGGGAGAUGUGAAAGGAAAAAUAAAGGGUCGAGGGGAGAUCGCUGAGGAACUUUGGCAGUGGAUGCGGCGACUGGAUGGGGAAUUGGCAACCUUGACAUCGGACCUCCCAUCGGACAGGUGGGAUGUGAGUCACUGUCACGCUGUCGCUAAGAGCAAUUUCAGAUUCACAUGCCAAUACUCUGCCCAUAAAGGGACAUUUCACUUAAUGAUCUACCUUGACGCCUUUGCUUUGACUCUAAGUCGAUUUUGCAUCUCAUUGUGUUUCAUUACUGUUAAUUUUGGUUUACAUAAACCAUAUUGUUAAAUAUUGCAAUUAUGAUGACUUUGCCUAAUAAUAAUGUGCAGCCCUUAAUUCCACUGCUGGAUGAAGGUCUGAACACUCUGUGUCGCUCAUGGGGGUUGUUUGACCUGACUUCACCUUAGUUGGUGGAGGCAGGGCCCAGGGCCUGUUCAUAUAUCACCAAAGCAAAUUGUGCCUAGGAUUGUAAAUCAGGUCCCUGGGUUCAUAUCGCAGUGUUGUAAACACUCAAUCACUUCCCUUGUGGAUGCACGUGUGUACAUAUUGUAAUGCCAGAAUAAUGUAAUAUUUUUUUAAAGUGUGAUAAUGUUGCUAAUUUAACUGUUCUAUGGCUUUGAGUUUCAUAUUAUAUAGUAAAUACUCUUAUAUAAGAAUUGUUUGAAACAAAACUGCAGUUUGUCUCUUAUUGUUUCCUUUAAA